CUUCUAUUGGCUUACUUCUGUGGUGGUGAACAAGUAAAUUUCACUUAAGCUCACUUAUCUUCUGUAGCAGGUUAUGUUUCUGGCCUCAAAAUGAUUAAUUGCAAUGAAGUGUCAAGUGAAAAUGAACCUAUACUUUAUGAAUUGCUAGAGUAUUUUGUUCGCAAACAAGAACCGGAAUUAAUUAAAUGCAAAAACGAUGCUAUAAUAUUACCGACAACUGGAACAAUUAAAAAUGCACUCAGGUAUCUGAAUAAUAGGUACAGCUUACCAGAAAGCAUAUCACAGCAAAUCAGUCUUACUUUACCAUGGAAAUUUGCAAUUGGAGAUUCUGGAAGAUUACUUGCUGUUUUACAAGAAAAUGUCAUAGAAAUACGAAAAGCAAAAGAUGAGUACUCAUCAGUUGUUGGGAAAGCCUGUGUUCCGAAGGAUGCUUUCUCACAGUGGCGCAAAUUAUCUUGGAGCCCAGAUGGAACACUUUUAGUAUUAGCGUCUAGUAAUGGUUGCACUUCCUUUUAUAAUGCUCUGGGAAAUAAUAUUUUUAACAUAAGUCCAAAGACUGUUUCUCAGAACCCUCAGAUUUUAGAAGCUGGUGACGCUAUAGCUUCUAUGAUAUUUCUUAAACCAAGAACAAAAUCUGAAAAGUGGUCUUAUGAGUUCAUGUUGAUUACAUACAGUGGCCUGCUCAGAUCUUAUCACAUUUCACUGAACAAUGGAUUUGAAGCGAAUUAUGAAUUCUCUUUUGGCCAUUUUUAUAAAAAUGGGGUCAAUGCAGUUGUUUAUGAUGAGAAACAUUGUCUUUUCUAUGUUGCUGGAAAUACAAUAACUCGAAAAUUAACGUCAACAGCUUCAGAGAGUGGUUUAACAUCAUGGAGACCCUUAGAUGAUUACCCGUAUUGCAAAUUGACAUUUGCCUUUGAUGAUGAAUCAAAAACUCAGUCAAGAUUUUCUAUAUGGAACAUUAUUCCAUCAUUAAGUUUGCAACCAGAAUCAAUUAUAUUCAAAAUAAAGAUCUCUCCAAAUAGUCAAUACAUGAUAUGUAUGCACACUGAUGGUUCUAUAUCCUUGUGGGGGUUACCAAAUUUAUUAUUACAAAAGAAAUGGAAAUUGUCUGAGCAGCCAGAUUUUAAUAUACCGAAUCCAUUUGGACAUGCAAAAUUAAAGAAGUUUCCACCAGGUAUUACAGAAUUCCAUCCAUUAGAUAUUGGUUGGUGGUCUGAUCAGACAAUUAUAAUUGCAAGAUAUGCUGGAUCUAUUUCUGUGUGUGCUACAAAAAACCUGAAGAAUCUUUUAGGAACAAGUCCAGAAUUUCUAACCGGACAACCACAGAUAUGUGAGCUUGGUUCAGAUCGAGGCUUUUUGUGUUUGGACUCUGAAACCUUUAUAACAAGUAAAAAACGAAAUAGGGAAUCGAAUGUGGAAGGCCAAAUAUCAGAAGCCUCAUCAGAAAGUGAAGAAGAAGAUGAGUUAGAACCAGUCAGCAUAUUAAAUUAUACCACAAAUUUAAUGCAAAGUACUUUGUACUCCAUAACCGACAUCGAAAGAUUUCAGCCUAAAAGAAAGAAAUCAAAAGUAUUGUUUAGAACAUACAGAAUCCUUGGUUUAAAAAGUACAACACCUGAAGAACUUUAUUCGAGGAAAAUCGACAUAGAGGAAUACGAAGAAGCUUUGGCCUUAGCUAAUACAUACAACUUAGACACUGAUCUCGUUUAUCAGACACAGUGGCGAAAAUCUAAAUUAUCUUUGAACGCUAUUCAAGAACAUUUGAGUAAAGUUACCAAACGAUCUUGGGUCCUACACGAAUGUGUGACCCGCGUUCCAGAUACUAUUGAAGCAGCAAGAGAAUUAUUAAAUUUUGGAUUGAAAGGUGCUAACUUGGAAACACUAAUAGCUGUUGGGACAUGUGACAAUGGAAAAUUUGUAGCGGACAACACAGAUGAAGACUGGAAUGAUAUGGAUGAAGUUAGUGUAAGUUUACGACAGGCACAGAAAGCAAAUGUAUUACUCGAUAAGAUUGAUGUCAAUAAUUUGUCUGAUGCUCAGAUUGAUUUAAUUAAAUAUAGAAGAAAACUUCUACAUCAUUUGGACAAAUUACUCACAUACGAAAUUAUUUUGGGAUCCUCGUUAAAAUACGAUAAAAACUUUUACGAAGAAUUUCGACAACUUUCAGCGGUUGAAAAUGCAAUUAGAUUUGCCAAAAAUAGUGAUUGCCAAGGGGUUGAAAUUAUGUUUACUUAUUAUGGAGAAAGUUUGCUACCUCACUGGCUAGCGAUCAUCAGCUUCUUCCCAGAAACAUUAAAUCCAUUGAAAUAUAAGGAGCUCCUACCAAAGUGUGACACCGAUAAUCAAUUGUUUUUGCUUGAUCAACAAGAAUUACGACAAAAGGAUUGGUCCGAGAAGACUGAAUUCAACGAAGUAGUUAGUCUGGACAAUGAUGAUAAGUCAGAGCUACUUUAUGAAUCCAAUCCAUCGUUAUCCGUAUAUAGAGGUACCACACUUACGCCGGAAUUGUUGCAAAAAUGGUACGAAUCGAGAGCCUACCAAAUUGAAAGAAAUAGUUAUAUGGUUGACAAUGCUUUACAAUUAAUAAAAAUUGGGAAAUCUCAUAACAUUAAUGGUUUAGAAAAUUUACUGUUUGAUUUGGAAACAUUAGACGAUCUUCUUUAUAAAGUUUAUCUAGAAGAUCUGUCUUUAGAUCAACUACAAAAGUUGUCUAAUUUAGAAAAAAUUAAACUGUUAAUGAGCAUGACUACCGAGAAAAGUUUUGUCGAUGAUAUCAAAAAUUUCGUGCUCCCAUUUAUAAAAAGAAUACAUCAAUAUUUGGAUGGCGAACUACAAAGACAUUUAUUCAACGAUUAUUUAAUAUGUAUCAGCCAAGAAGAUCUCAAAUUACCAGUAAAACUUUUUGAAUACUUGAAAGUAUCUCAGGAUAAUGAAAUUCUGCAGAUGAUAGAGGACAUUAGCACUUUGGCCUUGGAUUGCACAUAUGCUUGCAACGAUCCUAACAUGUAUGAGAAAGCGAUGUGUAUAGUAGAGUCUGUUGCAAAAGACCGAGAUGGAAAGAGAAGUAGUGGAAUAAUCUCUUUGCUUGAAGAACUAGACAGAGAACUCGAGUGUACAAAAAUCUUAAAUAAAUAUGAUGUUAAGACCACUUUGAAUGCAUUGAGAAAAAACAAGAGCGACCCUGAAGUUGUGAAACAAUUGUUAGUUCAGAUGGCAAGAACCUUGCAUAAAAUAGUUCCAACUCCUGACGAAAGACAGUGGACACAGUUACUGAACGAGAUGUUGGAAAUUCAUUCUUUGACCUUUACCUGUGUUGACAUAGAAAUAUGCUUUGAAAUCUGUGUGUCAUCGCGGUUAGUAUCAGGUGUUAAAUCUAACAUACAAACGUGUGCGGCACUAAUUGAAACUAAGAAAAACGAACAAUCCCUGUUAAAAGUGUCCUAUGAAAAAGCAGUAAAUUUGAUCCUUGAGGCCAGCAAAGAAUAUUUUAAUAGCUCUAAAUCCCUCACUGAUUCUAACAUGGAACUGGCUAAAGCUUGCCUGCAUCUAAUUGUAGAUGAUAAUGCACAAAUCAAAGAAGAAUAUGAUCUCAUUAAUUCACUUCAAAUACUGAAUGAAUUCAAUGUCCAUAUACUACCACUUCAAGUCAGGCUAAUGCAGGAUAGGUUAAAGUUGAUACAAGACUGCUUAAACAGGCGAGCCGAUGCUCACAAAAGUCGUCAAAGAUUACUAACUCUGGCAACUUAUCUACGAAUCGAAGUGAAUAAUAGCAGAGCGAGAGAAGGAAAAGUUUUGGAAUUGAUAGCAAGAAAAGCACUCGAGGUAAAGGACUUUAGCGUCUGCGCCACUAUCUGUCAACAAUUAAUGCAGAAUAAUUACGUUCCUGCUUGGUCAGUUGCAUUCGAUUUAGGAUGCUGUGAAGGAUAUGACGAUCUAAAGACUAGACAAAAAUGUCUGUGGUUUGCAAUAAACAAAGGGCCUAACGACAUACUAAAUAAAGCACUGGAUCAAAUACAUUUGAUAGAAAUACAAAUGUUGCACAAAGAUUUGGAAUUAUGGAUACCUCCUGAUGAACCUGAUAAUCGAAACGAUGCUGAUGACGUAGACAGCGAAGAAGAAUUUAUAGAUGCAAUGACUACCCCUCAAAUGGAAACAAAAGAAUUCGUUCCAAAAGUGUUAGAAGCUUCCACAGAAAUAGUAAAGACUUCUGCAAGUAUUAUGAAAAAAUCAACGUUUGGUUUAAUAAAAAAUAUCAGCGAUACGAAUUUCUGGAAAUCUAGAUUAAGUCUCGGUUUUGCAAGUGACCAGGUCAACGAUGUAGAACAUAAUGACAAGGAAAGUCAUGAAGAUGAUAACGACGUCCAAAGUUUUCCAUGUUUUUAUGAAUGUUUACAUGAAAGAGGUAGACUUAGUAAUUUGGAUACUAAGUAUGUAAGCUAUUCGAUGCCAGAUAUAGAAAAUACAAAAUUAAGAUGUUGUCGCGCCUUUUUGAGGAUAACAAUGUUAAGUGAAUCGUCAUGCUAUGGUUUAGAAGUGAGCGACAUUAAUCAUUUAUUUUUAGAAUGUGCAAAACAUACUAUACAAGAAGAUUGGCUGUUAGGAAUGUCUUAUUUAUUUAGUAUACAGAAAAAUUGUAUAAAAGAGACGCAACAUAUUUUAACUGAACUAGCCCAAACAGAAUUGUAUAGUCAGACAGCAAUGUAUUAUUAUUCUUUGGUGCUACAUAAACAGUUGUAUAGAGACUUUGAAAAUUUAUAUUUAUUUAAACCGUUAAGUUUAAUGCGAAAAAUAAUUAACAUAGCGCAUAAGUAUAAGGAAUCCGAUAUCUACGAGGGUUUUAAGUAUUGGCAAACACGUUUGCUUAAUGGUCAGGAAGUAGAUGACUUCAAAUUUUUUGAUUCGAAUCAAAUAGUUGAGGACAAUCCUAUUCAAAGUUCAAUGAUAAUUUCUGAAGAAUCUAAGGAAGAGAAAAGAUCCACUGAAGAACUGACCUCUCAGAUUGAUGGAAAGGAUAAAGUUAACAAAAAUUAUUCUGAGUCUAAUAUCAAAGACGAAGUAGAGUGGACGAAUGACUGGGGCAAUUUUUCCGAUGAAGACAUAGGAGAAACUAUAGAAAACAAGAAAAACAUUCCAGAACACGAAGCGGAUAUAGAUAGUAUUUCAUUAGCGAAAGAAAUUGGUGAUUGUAAAAUGGAAAAAGACCGCUUUGAGGCGUUUGAAAGAGUACAUGAUAAAAUACGAACUGAGAAUCAUUAUUAUGAAAUAAAGGAAAUAUUAUUGCAAUGGCCUAAAUUUAACGAUCCUGUAUACACAACUAUUGACAAACAUCCGAUUUUAAAAAUGAUGAAACUAGCGAUUGUGUGUAUACACGAAAAUGAUAAAAACUAUAACAAACAGAUUUUUCAAGAAUAUAAGGAUUUAAUGGAAGCUUUAUCUUCACAGGACGUGUUUAAGGAAUUCUUAAAUAAAGAAGAAAUUCCGUUAGCACACGCGAUUUAUAUCAGGUUGAACAUGGAUGAUCCAGUAUUUCACGCAGAAGCUAUAAAUAUUCUUAAUGAAAGGCACAAAGAAAUGACAUUAACAGCGCCAAUAUUAGAAACGUUAUUUUUAAAAAAUUUAACGGCAUCUUUCGAUCCGAAUCACGAAGUAUAUGGGCAAGUUAUCGAGCAUGUACUCGUCAAUCGAUCUUUGUCAAAUACCAGAAAGAAUGCGGAAAUUCUUGUACGAGAAUUAAAGAAAAACAAGCAUAUAUCACACGCUUUAUGCAUAAUCAGAUUAAUGGAGGAUAUACCACCAUCUUUGUGCACGUUUGAUACUUGUUUCGAACUUCUCAUGAAAAACUUCUGA